AUGCUGCUGCAAGAUCCCGAGUCGCCCAAUAAAUUGCACAGUAUGGGUCAUACAACUGAGGAAGAUUCUGAGAUAAAUGACCUUCAUCCAAUGGAAUUAAUGGCACACAGCGUCUUGAGUGGACCGCUUGAUGGGUUGAAUGAGAGUUUUGAGCAGCUUAGCCAAUCACAGCUUAUUCUCUUAACAAGAUUGAGGCUAAUCGAAGAGAGACUUACAAGCUUCAAGAAAUCUGUCACGGACGAAGGAAAUAUGCUUGAUGACAAAGAAGUUGCCAGUAAUAUUGAUAGAAUAAAGGAUCUCACGAAACGUGCCGGUAUAUCAUUUAAAACUUUGUCAGAGAUUGAGAAAAGAGUUGAGAGAAUGAAUCAAAAGUUGGGGAAAUAA